AUGGGUGACAGGUGGAGUUGGAGUAGUGGUAAAGGCUGGCUUUUCCGGAUAGGUCCUGGCAUUGAGUGUGGAGAUAACGAGGAUAGGGUUUCUGCGCAUCAUUGUGGAAACAAGUGUCGCCAUUGGUUGUGCUUCGUGCUGGUGGGAUUACAAUCUCCUAAAACGCCAAAUAUUCUGUCAGGAGCCCUGUACUGCAGUUCAGACUCCAUUGGAUCCAAUCGGCACGAUGCGAUGAUGUAUGCAAAACUGUUCUUGUAG